CUUUCUGUCCAUAUAUUAGUGAACUUCAUGUAUUGGAUAUCAAACAUCUAAAUAAGCAAAAUGGACUCAGUUGGUACCAAACACCAUUCUUACUUGAUAAUGUAUUCAUUAAACAGUUUGAAAUGAAUAUAUAAUGUUUUAAGACUGAUUAUCUUCUUUCAGUUAAGAAGGUUGAGGGUUUAUAAGUGGUAAUGUUCGGCAUUCGGACCAGGCUGAUUUUAAUAAUUAUGAAAAUGGACUUUAAUGUGUUACUGUUUUGGUUUGCUCAGAACAUUUUUGUAGAAGAACGUUGAAUGCAAGUGUUUUGAUCCCUCUGGUGUUGCAAGCGAAUCAAAAUGCACUUCAACAUGCAAGACUGCAGAUGAUUACAAAUGUGGCAAAGAGGGACAAGAUUAUUUUUCCAUUUACACAGUUCAAAAUGCUACGAAAUGUUCCAUGUAUUGCAAUUGCUCUAGCAAGAGAUGCUUAAGACUAUCAACAUCCAACAGUUACUACGAGUAUAGAUGGUCGGUCUGUUAUCAAAGAAUCAUGCAAAACAUAGUCUGCAGCGAUAGGCCAUUCACAGAUAUGAACGGAACAGUUCGGGAUAUUGGAAAAAAGCAAGCAGUUCAGCAGAUGCAGGAGAGAAAUGUUUUGCUGAUGGCAAGUUCCCCGGAAUCUUUCGACAUAAUGAAUCAUCACGUAUCUCCACUACCAGUCAAUUCUGGACAGGCAUAAUCAGAAUGAACUCAAUGAUCAGAUCAGGAGAAACCUUCCACACCAACGGACCGAAACGGUAUGCUUACGUCCAAUUUGAUGGUAACAGACUUGAAGUUAAGUUUGACAACGGUCGGAGUGUAAGACGAAAGAGCCUCUGUGAGACACCGAACUUUGUAACAACAACAGCAACUGCCACAGUCCACUCCACAUUGACAUCGAAAAUUCCAGAAACAGCAGAGAAAACUAGAACAAACACAAAAGCGAACUUUGUAACAACAACAGCAACUGCCACAGUCCACUCCACAUUGACAUCGAAAAUUCCAGAAACAGCAGAGAAAACUAGAACAAACACAAAAGCUGAUCAACGAGUUCCGGUUGCGGAGAUUUCUGCUAGCGUUUCAGCGCUAGUGGUUGUUGGGAUAUGUAUUGUCAUUUCCGUUAUACUGAGGAAGAGGGGAUGGUUACGUUGUAUUGAUGACAGUAAAAAGAAGAACAAAAAAUCACCAGUGGAGUACACAAAUACAGAUUACAGCGAGUCACAAACACUUGACAAUUUAAAGACAUAUCCAAGUUAUUCCAUGACUGAAGAAAUGCCAACUAAAAACAAAACUUCAGGAAAAGGACGGAUGAUGUAUGACUAUGUUGAUGUGAACAAGCUGGCUGAUACUAAACACAAUCCACAAAAUAUGCUACAUACUGCUAAUUUACACAACAACAUGAACCAGGGACGAGCAGUAUAUGGCCAUCUUAACCAUUUCGGCAUCCAAGGCCACGACAUAUCUCAACCAAUACACGACUUUGAUUCCACGACCGCCACAAUAAGUGAAAACCAGGAUGACACAUAUAACCAUUUGAAUGAACGUCCUAAUCACAAACGGAGUACGGACAAUGUAUACGGAGUACAGAACAAAGGCGAACUUGAACAGAUAUAUAACCAACUGAAUGAGCGACCUGAACGGCAUCACAUUAUGGAAAACAUUUAUGGACUACAAGACAAACACGAAACUGAAAAUGAAUAUGACACAAAAGUCGAGACACAAGUCAGUUGCCAAGAUAGGUCGGAGAAAACUACUGGUGUUAACUAUGAUAAGGUUAACAAAAACUGGUAAUUAUAUAAUGUAGAAGCAAUACAUGUCUUAUACUGUUAUUUAACAGCGUCAUUGUUCAUUCAUAAAUUGUGAAUAAAAAAGCGGUUUUCGUAUACGUUUAGUAAACAAUGUUUUCCUUGUUACUUUCGAAAACUGUUUAUCCAUUUGGAGAGUAUGCAUAUUUUCUCAUGUGUUAACAACAUGCUAACCAGGCCCCGAUCUUGAACAAACUUAAGACGUUUUGAUUCAUUUAUCCACAUAAAAGCAUAGGUAUUUCAACAUUAUAUAUGCAUUACUCUUUAUAAAGCGUAUUCUUACGUGUAUUUUAUUAAUCAAAAGCAUUACUCAAUAUUCGCAAAAAACAAACAAUUCAAGAGAAAAAACAUGUAUUUUGAGCUUUACUUAAUUAUAUUUUAAUUUGUUCAUGAACUAUUGUCUAAAAAUAUUUAUCAACAAUAUCUAUGAGAAAUAGGGCUUAAAUAUAUGUAAAAACCAACAACAAAUAUUUAAGAUCUUAAAACAGUGUAUGUUGUUAUGUGGUCAAUUGAUUGUAUGUAAUAUUUUUGCGAUAUUAGGUCCAGGUUUGAGGAUGUUCUUCUUGGCAUUUCAUUUAGUUUAUUCGAUUAUCGUUUUGAAAAUAUAAGAGUGCAAUAUGCAUACCUACUCAUUAAUCGGUAUGUUUAAAUUUUUAAUUUUAAACUAAAUUGUCAAUACUUCUUUUAAUCUCUUUGACAUUUCAAACUGAAGUAUUUUUCAUUUUUUUAUUUUGCUUUCACGGAUCUUUAAAAUUGAGUUUCCUCAGCACUUAUUGAUAAAUGUUUUUUUUUUUAUGUUUUCAAGUGGACACUUAUGUUGCCUCGUGUAUCUGGUUCUGACUUUUUGAGGUGUAUACAAUUAAACUCGAACACAGCUAGGCAUGUCGAUAUAG